AUGUUGUCGCGGAGUUGUCGCAUCCUAUCGCUGGUAGAACUGGCGACAGCAACGUUAAUGCUGGCCCUUUCCACUGUGCUCCAGUCGCGUCUGACUAUAGCAAGGACAGCUUCGUCCCCCGCCCACGUGGACUUUGAGUAUUCGGACACGCUCUGUGGCACGGCAUGGCGGGACGACUACAUCCGCCUGCACUCCGCCAUUCGCUCCGCCAGUGCCGCCGCCUACACCCCUCCUCCCUCUCCCACUCCCCCUCCCCCUGCUUCCUCCCCCGCCUCCCACUCCUCCCGCCAAUUGCUCUCGCUCGCAAAUUCCCCACCACUGCCACCACCAGCCGCAGCAGCAACAGUGACAUCAGCAGCAGCAGCAGCUGCUACAUCAGCAGAAGUCUCUGAACCAAGCUUGUCAAACCAGACCCUCCCAGCUUCCCCCAUUCGCUUCCUCACGUUCUACCAAGCCGGGCACUGCGGCGGCUUCGGGGACUUCCUAGUCGGGCUCGUCUCCUCCUUCGUCGCUGCGCUCUUGGACCGCCGGGCGUUUGUGAUUCGCCACAACUGCAUCCAGUACGCGUUUGAGCCCGCAUUCAUCAACUGGCGCCCGUCCCCUGAUGUUCCCAUGGAGCCUUCUCGUCGCACGAGGAAUCUGAAUGAGUCGUUUUCGCCGGGGGUGAUUCCGUUUCUGGAUUUGAAUGGGAAUCGGCUGGGUUUGCAGGGGCUGGAGAGGCCCAGGAAGGAGGUAUGGCCGCUGACAGCGCGGCUGCUGCAGGAGAUGCGGGAGGUGCGGACGGUGGUGGUGGGGGUGCACGUGCGCCAGAGCGACAGUGUGGUGCGCGACCCGCACGCCACCGCCAAGAGCAUCACUCCCGCUUCCAUGGCCGCUGCUUUGGAGGCGGCUGCUCCCAUUCUCGCCUGCGCCAAGGCAGUGGAGGACAUGUGGUAUCCCCCGCCUCUCACAGUGCGCUGGAUGCUCAUCACCAACUCAAUCGACUUAAAGACGGCCAUCCGAUCGCACUUCCCCGGCAAGAUACUCGAGAUAAAUUUCGUGCCUCGCCACUCACAGGCGUUCGGCAACAAGGGCAAGGAGCAGGAGAGGGAGGAGGCAGAGCAGGGCUACCGAGAGAUGGUGGCUGAGUGGCUCUUGCUGUCGUCUAGCAACUCCGUUGUUCUGCCACUCGCGAAUUUCUUCCGCGCGUGCCUCUUCUCCACCCCUAUGUGCCUCGCGCGCCUUUCCCCCGCGCGCCUCUUCCCCGCAUGCGUCUUCUCCAUACGCCACCCCGUGCGCCUCUUUCCCACACGCCGCUGCCCUGCGCGCGCAGUUAAUGCGCCUCCAUGCCUUGCGAUGUCCCUCCUGUUCAUCUCCCUCCGCUCCUGUCGAUUUUCCGCUCUUGACCUUAGCGUCAUCGUCAGCUAG